GCCAAGAAGAUCCGCUGCAAGCGCAUGACGAUUGCACAGAGGGUGAGUACUGGUGAUGGGCAUUAGUGGCAAUUCCAGUCAGAGCCUCGAGGAAGGUACGAAGCUGUGGGGUAGCUGAAUCACACUGCUCGAUCGUCAACUUUAUGAAUUCGAGUCGGCGGGCUCACGGACUGCAUCACCUUAACUCCAUCUCUCCACUGCUUGCACUGCUGACAUACACCAGUGCGAGCAGUGCGCCGCCAAGGAUCUCGAGUGUACAUCAAACUACAUCGAACAGCUGCAGAGCAAGCCCCGCCGUCCCCGGCGGUUUCGCAGUGCAGACGACAAAGAAAAGCGGUGGAGCGGCGAUGAGACGACACGCGUCUCACCUGCCAUGCCGAGCCGGCAGCUAUCCAACCGCUCGGCUCCGGGACGCACUGCGACCUCGGCAUCCAGCGACAGCACUGGUGCAGUUUCAGGUCCAGGCCCGCGGAUGGACGAUGCGAUGGCGAUGAUGAACUGGAUGGCGCCUACGCACCCUGUCGUCAUCACUCGCCCCGCCCCACAGAACGGGGGAAAUCUUCAGGCUGACUUGUUGCGAUACUUGUUCAGCCCCACGCCAGUACUGCAUCAUGACUGGCGGUACUCGGAUGCGGCAUCGCUGGAGCAGGCUCGUCUGAAGGCCUGUGACCUUUGGGAGGAGCAGAACGGGGCCGUGUGGGAAGAGACGCCGAGCGCCGCGCAUCUCGGUCUCUGGGCAGCGGGCGAGGUUGAACUGGAACGCGUUGCACAGGACCUCAUCGACACUUUCUUCCAAGUGGUGCAUUCGCGAUUGCCGAUCCUUGAGGAGCCCGAGUUUAGAACACUAUAUCUCGACCCCGAUGCGGCAAUGGGGGGGCCUUUGUCGCCGGCGCUGUUGGCGGUUGUGCUGGCUUUCGGCGCCAGGUUCACCGAGCACGCUACAUUCGUGGCUGACCGCGAGGAGAUAUCAGGCCGCGAGGGUGACCCCGGCCGCAGCCGUAUGACCCAGCUACUCGUCAUCCGCGCCCGCGAGAUAGUCGAGGCGUCCAAGGCGUUUCGUGUUGCGACCCUUGUUAACGCCCAGACACUCAUGAUUCUUGAAGGGUUGCUGGGCCAAUCUGUCAUUCUGAAGAAGCAGUAUCGCGCUAGCUACCUGUCAUUGGCGGCGCGGCACCUCGACUCACUCCGGGAGCCGAUCCUACACACCACUCCUGUACGGGAUGAGAAGCUUCGCACCAGGUUGGCGAUGCAGAUGGUCUCCAGCUUCGAAGGCGCAUUCUUCAGGCUGCCGGAGCUCGUGGUCAACGACAUGGUGCCCCUCGUAUCGGCGAGCACAUCGGACGAAGAGGUGUGGCUGAGCGCCGCGCGUGCCGGUGCAAGCAUCUGCACCAAGCUUUGCGGCGAGCUGUGGGCUCCUCGCACCUCAGCCAGCGGCAUUCCGCUCAACACGCUGCGCGACUUUGUGCACGACCACUCGUCAUGGCGCGACCUGUAUCUGUCCAAGCUCGGCUUGCCCGUUCCGUGGCCAGAGCACUGGAGCGCGCUUACAACCGUCCGGAUCAUGAGCACAGAUGUUUUCUACCACGCGCUUUGGCUGGUUGCGGAGCGCGCCAUGUCCGACUUUGGGAUCCAGGAGAGUGGGGAGGAAACGAUGCGCGGCAUGUUUGCGUUUGAGGCACAGCAAGUGCGCGAGCGGCUCAAGCGAGAGGCGAUGCAUUCGGCGAUGCGCAUUGCCAUGCUAUCCGCCCUCGCAACGGAGCAGGGAUACCUUCGGGUUGAUCCCCUGGUCCUCUACCGCCCCAUCUAUGAUGGAGGCAUGUACCUCGCUCGCCAAGGCCGCGACGACUGCUUGGGCUGCGUGGCCGGCUUGAGACUCUACGCGACCGCCUACCCGCAAAUGUGGGAGCUGGCACGGGAUAUCGAGUCUGCUUUCUUGGCCACGACGCAACCGCUUCUAGAAGCGCCGCUAAUCUAAUCAGCGUCAGCACGAUUAGAAACGCUAUUUCCGGAUCUCCGGGAUAAAUAGAUGGGAAAUACAUACGACAAAUUCCUUCGCACCUCCGGCUUGUUUAAAAGUCUGCGCGACACAAAUCUCUAUCCAC